GCGGAAACCUCCCCACCUCCUCCCGCCAGCCUCCGAGGAAAAACAGCAACAACAAGCCGAGCUGCUGCGAGCGGAAGCGGGGAGCAAGAUGGCUGCGCCGAGAGGGAAGCUCUGGGUCCUGGGGCUCCCGCCGCCCCUGCUGCUGCUCUGCACCGUGGCCUUGGCGGCACGUCCCGGGACCGCCUCGGCCGAAGCGUUUGACUCGGUCUUGGGGGACACGGCGUCCUGUCACCGCGCCUGUCAGCUCACGUACCCGUUGCACACCUACCCCAAGGAAGAGGAGUUGUACGCAUGUCAGAGAGGUUGCAGGCUGUUUUCAAUUUGUCAGUUUGUGGAUGAUGGAAGUGACUUAAAUCGGACCAAAUUGGAAUGUGAAUCUGCUUGUUCGGAAGCAUACUCCCGAGCCGAUGAGCAGUACGCUUGCCACCUUGGCUGCCAGGAUCAGCUGCCCUUUGCCGAGCUGAGACAAGAACAACUCAUGUCCCUGAUGCCAAAAAUGCAUCUCCUCUUCCCUCUUACGCUGCUGACGUCAUUUUGGAGUGACAUGAUGGACUCCGCCCAGAGCUUCAUAACCUCUUCCUGGACCUUUUAUCUUCAGGCUGAUGAUGGGAAAAUAGUGAUAUUCCAGUCUAAGCCAGAAAUGCAGGAUGCACCACAGCUGGAACAGGAGCCUACAAACUUGAGGGAAUCAUCUUUAAGCAGAAUGUCCUCAGAUCUUCAAAUGAGAAGCUCACAAGCACACAGGAGCUAUCUUGAAGAUGAAGAAAGUGAUGGUUUUUUAAGAUGUCUCUCCCUGAACUCGGGCUGGAUUUUGACCAUGACCCUCGUCCUGUCUGUGAUGGUGUUGCUCUGGAUCUGUUGUGCGGCCGUUGCCACGGCUGUGGAGCAGUAUGCUCCCUCCGAGAAGCUGAGCAUCUAUGGCGACUUGGAAUUCGUGAAUGAGCAGAAGCUCGGCAGGUACCCCGCUUCCUCCCUGGUGCUCCUCAGACCAGAACCCGCAGAGCACGAAGAAGCGGGGCCCCUGCCUGCAAAAGUGGAUCUCGCUCACUCAGAGAUCUAAGCUGCUCUGCUUGCUUUGUUUUUUCCCCUCCCCCCCAAGAGUCACCUGUACUUAAACUUCCAUUCUUCAUAGAGCUUUUUAAGGUGAUUUUGUUGGAUAUAGGCCUUGAGAAAUCAUUGUAAAAUGCAAAUAAAGUUACCUGAAUCUGUGAAGACUGUAUUUGCUACAACUUCACCUGUAAUUUUUUUUUUCCUAGUAAUUUAAGACACGGACAUUGGGGUCGUAUUUUUCUUUUUACUAAUAUCUGUGGCUACUUUGUUAGUUGCAUCUUUUCUCCCUUUAGCCAAAUUCUACCAGCUGAUCACAGUUGUCCACCUCCGGCCAGGACGUGUCACUUAGUACUGGACUCGCUCCUGCUCCAAAAUGGCCUCCCAGCUGGACUCCUGAAACUCAGCAGCAAAGGCUGUUUAAAUGACACUACGUGCCCAUUGUAUUGAGUCAAAAUGAUUAAAAUUCUAUUUGAGUAAUUA